GAUUCCAUUUUGUUGCAAUUCAGACGGAGACAGAAGAGGAAGGGAGUGUCGAGUCGUUUCACAUCGACGAGUUCGGAGAGCGACGGAAUUGAAGGAAAUAUAGCGAAACUGUGCUUCCUGCAAUUUCCACCGAAGGAUCUCAACCUAUUCUAUAUUCAUAUCGUUUGUCUGUGGAAGGGCUUCUGCUACAGAGCCAGUCGAAGUCGGAUACACGGCUUCGAGGAGCAUCGUGUGCCGAGGUGAAUUGAUGUUCAGCUCGGCUCCACGAGUAAACAACGCUCAUUGGCACAUGAAAACCUCAGAUCUUGCUGGACACAAUAGUGCAGCGAGAAGUAGACAAAAAGCUACUUCGAGGACCUGGGGCCCGGUUGGAGGUGAAAGACUGAAGAGGGAUCUCGGCUCAGUCCACUUUCUGACAACAAAGAGGUGACACACAGAACUUCAAGAAUGGGAGGUGGAGAGAGAUACAACAUUCCAGUUCCCCACCCAGAACGGCCACUAGCUAAGAAGAACCACCAGCUUGGCCGGGCGAAGCCAAGAGGUCGUGACCAGAACGGAUCGACGGUAGCAGCAUCUGCAGCAGGAGCAGGGGGCCUUCACCACCAUGGUCACCGCAGGAGUGACAAAGGCGCAGCUUACCUCAGAUCCCCGGAGGCGCGGCAGGCCGCGUCUGCAGAGAAGAGCACAUCUGUCCGUUUUGCCACCAACUACGAUCAGAACUGGGAGGGCGCCGUGUCUCAUCUCAACACACUCCUGGCCACACAGGGGAGUCCCAGCUACGCUGGGCCCAAGUUCAGUGAACCGCCGUCGCCCAGCGUCUUGCCCAAACCUCCCAGCCACUGGGUGUCUUUCCCAAUGAGCUCCUGUGACAACAGGGAGAUGAUGGCCUUCCAACUGAAGAGCCUCCUCAAGGUGCAAGCCUGAGGGAAGGCCGCCACUGAUUUCUGAGAUCGAGCCAGGACUCUAGCGAGGCAAGUCCCCCACCAGGAACGGUGUAGUGUCGUAAUACUUUUUUUUAAAAACCAGUGAGCAUACAAGGUUUGGCAAACAUUUUGCUUCAGAUCUUGUUUUUUAUUUAAAGAGAAAGUAAUUUUAGACUAUUACCACAUUGCAGCCUUGCUAGUGGAGGAGUGCCCUCAGUGGGUCCACUUUUGUGAUUGACGAUGAACUGGAUACCCUUUGUACUUGUUGUUUUGCUCUUUUUAGUCCGGCUGUUAAAGCAGAUCAAGUGCGCCUAAUCCCAAAUUUAUUUUUACACCCCCCCCUCCCGAUCAGGUAACUCCGCCCCUUCCAAUCAUUACAGUCCACUUCUCUGGACCAACGUUUUUCUUCUCAAUAUGUCAGGACCUCAACGGCAGAAAUGUGUAGCUACUUUGUAGUCUCUCUUUCCACGAAUACUUUUUUUUUAGUUUGUGCUUUGUUUUGGGAUGUUUUAGGGCACUUGACUGCAAUUCUGCAGGGAAAAGCAUUUUACCGGAUAUAAGCUGUAGUGAGUCAGGUCAGAAGUUUUAACCUCAAACCGAAGUGUGAUAAAAGAACCGUGGCAAGCAGGCAUCAGACGGUCCGCUCCCAUACUUUUUUAUUGCGCUGUGCGCAGAUGCACUAUGGGAGCUGGGCUGCUCCGAAGCCUGUAGCACUCUGUCAUAGCAUUUAUUGUGCCCUCUUUUCGUUGUGGUUGAAGAAGUUGUUUGUGAUGCUGAGUGUAACCAAAGCAAUUAUUGGCUGGAGGGAGCGUUUUUUUUUUCCCCAGGGUUGCUGCUUCAUGUCCUGAUGAGCACUGUUGUAGUGCCUCAGACUCUGCCUGUUCAGGACACAAUGUUCUGGAGCCAAUGUGCGGAAGAGGACCAGACUCUGCAAUUGGACUGAGUGUGACUUGGUCCACAUCAGAUGUCUGGUUCUGUUGGCUGCCUACAUUUGUUAAAUAAAGGCAGAUCUGAGUGUCACGACCCAAAGGACUGACAGUCGACAAAAGGCACGCGUGUUUACAAGUGGGUCCCUACGGUUGACUAUCGCUAAGAAUCAAGAGACACUUGCUGCCUCUGCCUAUUCUUGCACUGCAAUCAGUUAUUUCUUUUCAGUGAGUUACAGGUCGGAAUGCUAUCACGGUGAUAGAGGCGCGAUGGACUAUCUUCCAGUGGAUUCUCACCUUUCUAGAGUUCUUCUAUUGCGGCACUUUUGGUUUCCCUUUGCAGAAUUGAAGCUGUUUUUAUAGCCAGUCUAAAUCGACAAAACAUGUGCGAGAGCCAUGUAAAUAAUGAAAUGUGUAAAGUACUUGUAGCAUAUGUACAUUUUCAGGCCAAUGUUUGAGGCUUGAGCAACAAAAGUAUUUUUAGUAAUAACACUGAAUGUAUAAGGCGUGCUACGUUCAUGUCUUGACUUCAAUGCUGAAGAAUAUUUUUGUUAAAAAAAAAAACAAAACAAAUCUGCCUACAGCAUUCUUUCAUGCCCUGCACUGUUGUAUCUUUCCAGAGAUCUUGCACAUGGGUUUUUUUAUUGUUUUGUAGUCUGCGGUGCAGGCUGAAAAAUGCUGAGAGCUUAAAACUAAAAUCAAGUUUAAUUGGAAUUGAGGAGACUUGCUGCUGUAUGGAUUUCAUGUCUUGCAUUGAUCUUUGUGCCUAGGUUGAAGCCCAUGCUCAAAUCUGACUUUGUUUGUUGACUGUCCACUUUCAAAAUGACCAAAUUUCAAGGAGGACCAUUUUCAAUUUGGAGCUGUUCUUCCGCCAGCUAAGGUUGAAGUUGGUCCUCAGGUUGUUCAUGUACAUCAUUGUUGUUUUAAGUCUGAGUCCUGCGCGGACAAGUCUCCUGUGGCUAAAUUUGAAAAUUGUAAUGAAUUGGCUUUGAAUUUGUCCCCUCAGUAAACUGUCAUUGUAUUUGAAAAGAAAAUAUGCCCUGUUAAAAAUUGGUAUGAAUUAGUGACUGAAAACAGAAGCAGUUGUUGCACUUGUGAUUUGAAAACAAAACUCAAACAAAAAAAAAAUAAAUCCCCUUUCCCUCCCCCCA